UAAAUGCCAUGUCUGUAGGUCGCUGUGUUUCACUUGCUCUUUGUGUAUUCACCUCUCUGUUGUUUGAGCACCUCCAUAGCACUUUGUCCUCACCUAUCCUGUACAACAGAACCAUGCUGCAGCUGGGGAUCUGUGCCUUCCGCCAGGGCAUGUUCAAGGACGCCCACAAUGCCCUGCUGGACAUCCAAUCGAGUGGCCACGCCAAGGAGCUGCUGGGCCAGGGCCUGCUCAUGAGGAACAUGCAGGAGAGGAACGCCGAGCAGGAGAAAAUCGAGAAGAGGUAACCACUGGUUGGUUACGGCUAGGCUAAAUCCAGCAGAAAAGACCAGAGGUAACCUGAGGAUGGGCUGAUUGAAGCCAGCAGAACAGUAGAGGAUUGAGAAGAGACUACCUGUACGCUAGGCGAAUCAAAAACAACAGAGGAGACAAUAGGUAGACAAGGCUAAACCCGGCAGAACUAAUGACUGGUAGGCUAGGCUAAACCAAGCAGAACUAAUGACUGGUAGGCUAGGCUAAACCAAGCAGAACUAAUGACUGGUAGGCUAGGCUAAACCAAGCAGAACUAAUGACUGGUAGGCUAGGCUAAACCAAGCAGAACUAAUGACUGGUAGGCUAGGCUAAACCAAGCAGAACUAAUGACUGGUAGGCUAGGCUAAACCAAGCAGAAGACGCAAUUGGUAUGCUAAGGUUAGGCUAGGCAAGGCUAAACCAGCCGAACAGGAAAGGAUCGAGACGACAGUUAGGCCAAGCUCAGGUAGACUAAAUAUGUAGACUAGGCUAAACGUAGGCUAGGUGAAACCCAUGUAUGUGCACGUCGGGAUCAGCGACCUCUUCCACAUAAGUUCUGAGCUGUAAAAGCCUUUGUCAAUUUGAAAUUGGCUCAUAUUAAGCGGUGUCGUUGCAAAAUGGUUAAUUGGUUCAUUCUCAAAUAUAAAAAUGGCAUACAAAGAACAGCAUACAAAAAAACAAAUGGAUAGCAUAUGAUCAUAGAUUCAUUUCAGACUACACAAGGUUACAAACAAUUACAAUGGCAAAGUCACAAUCACAAGAAUGGCUUCAGAUCAAAGUCUACGUUGAGACCGAAGGGAGCAAGGGUCUUUAAGUUAAACAUCCAGGCAGCCUAUUUUUAACAAUAAAUGAUCAAGGUCACCCCCUCUCCUAAGGAGGGUGACAUGUUCAAUGCCAAUAUUACGCAGAGACGAAAUCGAGUGGUUUUCUUCCAAAAAGUUGGCCGCAACUGGGUAAGUCAAGUUUUUGCACCUAAUGGUAUGUAUGCCAUUUUUAUAUGUAGGAAUUAACCAAUGAUAUUAGGCCACACUUGGCCAUGAUUACAGACACCUGUGUGUCUUUUGACACUAUAUAAACGAGUCAUCCCGCAGUGUUUGUGAUUAUACCCUGAUGAAGACAGCUUGGCUGUCGAAACGUUGGAUAUUACAUUUUUGCAUCUGAGCUCCUAGAGUGUACGGCUCUCCUUUAUUUUCAAACUUGGAUUAACUCGCAUUAACAUCUGCUAACCAUGUGUAUGUGACAAAUAAAAUUUGAUUUGAGAUCAUUUAGAUGGUGUCCACAAGAGGGCAACAGUAUAUGUGCAAAGUUUCAGACUGAUAACUUCAAGAGCUGUCACGGUUUUCAUGUGGUGAAGGAGAGUCGGACCAAACUGCAGCGCGUAUAUUGUGAUCCAUGUUUAUUUACACAACGUAACACGAAUCCAAAACACAAACUCUACAAAACAAUAAACGUAAUGAAAACCGAAACAGCCUUAACUGGUGCAAACUAACACAGACUAAGUACAUCAAGACAAUCACCCACAAUUACAACCAAAGAAUAUGGCUGCCUAAAUAUGGCUCCCAAUCAGAGACAACGAUAAACACCUGCCUCUGAUUGAGAACCACUUCAGACAGCCAUAGACUCUCCUAGAACACCCCACUAAGCUACAAUCCCACUAAGCUACACACCACAUACAAAAACCCAUGUCACACCCUGGCCUGACCAAAUACAUAAAGAUGAACACAAAAUACUUCGACCAGGGCGUGACAAGAGCUACAUGACAUUUAGUAUGAAGUCACCCAGGUGUCCCUCAUGAGUUGCCCAAAUGUACCCAAGUGGCCUCCAAGUGGCCGAAUUGGUAAAUGGAUACACUUGCAAGAAAAUAACUAUAGAGAACAUACAAAAAUGCUAUGCUAAUAAAAAAAAUACAAGUUUACACCCAGGAAUGUCAUACAUGAUGGAUCACUAGCUUCCCUACAUAACAAGAAUGCUGAUCCAAUGUCUCCAAACACGGAACCAUCCUCUCAUCUGUGGACAGGUUUUUG